AUGCUUUUGAAAACGCCGUUCAUAAAGAGACAAGCAUGAAAAACCGUCCUUUCCGCACUCUGUAAGUGUGUUACUGACGUCCUUUAACGCUCACAUUACGAGUGCUGAUAUUUGACGGGAUACUCUUAUCCGCCACUUUCAUUGACAUAGCCGCCGCUGUGAACAAGCCGCAUUCGCUAGCAAUAACACAAAUCUGUGUCAUUGAUAUCUGGUAUUUUUACUUACUUAAAUAAUUAAAUAAUCGCAAUCCUUUUUGAAUAACGACUAGCUGUCAUGUCUAUGCACAUUGUCCGUGACGAGACGGUUACGCCGUCCGUACUGUUACCAUAUUCUUCGAGUUUAUGGGUUCCUGUUCCUACUGAAAAACCCGGCAAGAAGACUCGAACACUAAAGGCUUGUAUCGUGAUGCCUGAAGCUGGCUACGAUGUGACUGAAGUUGCCCAGCCUUGGCAGCGUUUCAUUAAACACGGAAUGUUCGUUUACUUUGUCGCUCCCCACGGUAGAGUUCCUCAAGCAGAUCAGCAACAACUGUCAGGAUGGCGUUCUUGGAUUGUUGGCGUCGAUGCCGAAACUCGUGAAAUUUACGGUCGUAUGUCUACGACUGAUGAAUUCCUUAAGCCUUUUGACUUGUUCGACCCGCAUUUUACAUUCACGGACUACGAUCUCGUGUACAUUCCCGGCGGUACUGACCCCUGCGUAUAUGAAUUGAUGGAAAUGUCUCGUCUCACAGAACUUCUCGCCCAGUAUAUUCCACUGACGUCUCGUGUGUCUGGGUACCAUGUAUUAGCAGCCACUGCACAGGGCGCUCUGGCCGUUGUAAAAGCCGCCGGCAACUUAGACCUUAAAACGACUACGACGCCUUUGUAUUUGGAGAGGACAUCUUACCUGAGCGGAUUAACAAAACCUGAGGCCUAUUUGUCCGCGAUGAUUCCUAGUGAAAAAUACGUAGCUGGCCCUAUGGCGAAAGAAUGGGUCUAUGAGGACGAGAAGUAUUUCUAUAUCAGCGCGCGCCAUUCCGGUGAUAUUGGUCUCUUAUGUAAAGAAAUCUUCCGUGCCCAACAUCGCAUUCACGGUUAGCGUGAAAUGCAUUCACUUUGCAGUAUACUCACGUUAUUUCUUUACUCCUGCAGCCUACGAUAAAACAGUUUUAUUUACGACCUAAUUGAUGGAAUUAUUUCUCGUUUUAGCAAACCGAGAGCGCACUUAUUACUUUCAAUACAAUUCUUAUUUACCUA